AUGACACGCACAAUCCUCGUUCUCCUCCUCGUGCUCCUCGCAGCGGCCCUCAACCCGACCCUGGCCCAACAAGGUGCACCGCCCUUCACAACGGACAACAGCCAAUCUGCGUGUGUCGAGUUCGGCUCGUGCUCCACCGCCGGCGGCAACGGAAUCGUCACUGAAACACAAAACGCGCCUGUUACGGCACCCGCCUUCACGCCUGCGCUGGCGACGGUGACGACGAUCGACUCUGCGUACAUCUCGAGUCUCGCUGCUGCGGGUGCGAGUGCGGCGUACACCGGUGGAAGCAGGCAGAGUGCCGGCGCUUUGACGAGCACCAGGACUGUCACGGGCUCCGGAAGCGGGUCCACCGGCAGCAGCGGCAGUGGUAGUGGAAGCAGCGGGAGUGGCUCGAGUGGUUCGAGCGGAAGCGGAAGCUCGAAUGCCGGCAAGGGAGCCAAUGCGGUUGCGGUGCAGAUGGUUGUCGCUUGCGUAGGUGUUGUGAUUGGCGCCGCUGUGCUGCUCUGA